AUGGAGUCGGAUUUCGAGAAGUCGUCGGGUGCUUCUAGCGAUGUGCAAGCCGGGGUGCCAAACAUUGUGGCCGCAACCUCCGUCUGUGACAAGUGGCGUGCCACCGGAAUCUGGGGGCCGCCUACGGGAUCGCCGCUGAUGUCUCACAAUAUGGCUGAUCUAGUUCGUCACCUCCCUGUAGGAGGUCGUCGCCCGCACCUUCUCGCCCUUCGUCACGAGCUCCAUCUCGAUGCACUCGCUGACAGCCGCGACGGACAUCUUCGCAGCAUCAUUGCCAGCCUGUCCAAGCUGCCCCUGGCCAAGAUCCUUGAUAACUGGGGCAGAUUUCAGGGUAUGGCCUUGAUGCUCAUCCUCUGGAUCAUCGGUUUCUGCAUGAUGGCGUCGUGCCGUGGCGUCGCAACUUAUGCGGCCGAAUUGAAGAAGACGAGGGUCAUCGUCGUGCCCGAGAGCUUCCUCAUCCGCUACCCCAAACGGUUCAAGUGGGUCGACAGCCUCGGCUGCCAGAGGGCGCACCUGUCGAAGCCAUCUACAGCCGUCUGUGCUGGGCUGCUUCGUCGGCAGCCCCAUUGGACAGGCCUUGCCUUGGCGUGUGCCGAUGUCCAGCAGUACAUGCUCGUCACCAGCGUGUGUCUGCUGGGUGACGCGCUGAAAACCACCGCCUUCUGGAGGGACGCCAAACUCGGGGACCAACAGGUUAAGGGGCUUCUUGCAUAA